UAAGAUGGAUAUCCGAGGUGCUGUAGAUGCUGCUGUCCCAACAAACAUCAUUGCUGCUAAAGCUGCUGAAGUUCGGGCAAACAAAGUAAACUGGCAGUCGUAUCUCCAAGGGCAGAUGAUUUCAGGUGAAGACUGUGAAUUUAUUCAAAGAUUUGAACAGAAAAGAAAUCCAGAAGAAAAACAGGAGUUGUUGCAAACAGAAGGCAAUCAAUGUGCUAAAACAUUUAUAAACUUGAUGACUCAUAUCUCCAAGGAACAGACGGUUCAGUACAUUCUGACUAUGGUUGAUGAUAUGCUGCAAGAAAAUCAUCAGCGUGUUUGUAUCUUCUUUGAUUAUGCAAAACGUGGUAAAAACACUGCAUGGUCCUAUUUUCUGCCGAUGUUGAAUCGACAAGAUCUUUUCACUGUGCAUAUGGCAGCAAGAAUUAUUGCCAAACUGGCUGCAUGGGGGAGGGAACUUAUGGAAGGCAGUGACUUGAAUUACUAUUUCAACUGGAUUAAAACUCAGCUCAGUUCACAGAAACUACGUGGUACAGGGGGUUCUGUGGAAACAGGAGCAGUCUCCACAAGUGAUAGUUCCCAGUAUGUACAAUGUGUGGCUGGAUGUCUGCAGCUGAUGCUUAGGGUCAAUGAAUAUCGCUUUGCGUGGGUAGAAGCAGAUGGAGUAAAUUGUAUCAUGGGGGUCUUGAGCAACAAAUGUGGCUUCCAGCUCCAGUAUCAGAUGAUUUUCUGUGUGUGGCUGCUGGCAUUUAGCCCUCAAAUGUGUGAAUAUCUCCGUCGGUAUAAUAUUGUUCCAGUGCUGUCGGAUAUUCUGCAGGAAUCUGUCAAAGAGAAAGUAACUAGAAUCAUCCUUGCAGCAUUUCGGAAUUUGUUAGAGAAGUCUACUGAGAGAGAAACUCGCCAAGAAUAUGCUCUUGCCAUGAUUCAGUGUAAAGUUUUAAAGCAGCUAGAGAAUUUGGAUCAGCAGAAAUAUGAUGAUGAAGACAUAAGUGAAGAUAUCAAAUUUCUACUGGACAAGCUCGGUGAGAGCGUGCAGGACCUUAGCUCCUUCGAUGAGUACAGUUCUGAGCUCAAGUCAGGAAGACUGGAGUGGAGUCCUGUACACAAGUCUGAGAAGUUUUGGCGGGAGAAUGCUGUAAGACUAAAUGAGAAGAAUUAUGAACUACUCAAAAUCCUGACAAAACUUCUGGAGGUUUCUGAUGAUCCGCAAGUGCUGGCUGUAGCUGCUCAUGAUGUGGGAGAAUAUGUACGACACUAUCCCCGUGGGAAACGAGUGAUUGAACAGCUUGGUGGUAAACAGCUGGUAAUGAACCACAUGCAUCAUGAAGACCAACAAGUUCGUUAUAAUGCACUACUGGCUGUGCAGAAGCUGAUGGUUCACAACUGGGAAUACCUUGGAAAGCAGUUGCAGUCAGAACAACCUCAAACGGCCACUGCACGGAGCUAAACACUUCUGUCAGUUCAUGCUUAUAACUACAGUAUGUUUGUCUUUAAUAUCAAGGAAACACUGAAAUCACAUGUUCUUUGCCUGCUACUAGUGCAUAACCUUUCCAGCUUUCCUCUAGUGUUGUUUGCUUAGUAAAAAUUUGUUUGUUCAACUAGUUCUGAUGAUUAUGCCUAUUAGCUUCGUGUUAUAUUCUGAAUGUAUAUGAGGAAAUGUGGCUAAUAUAUUGCGUUUGUUUUAUGUAUUUAUUCUCAAAAUAAAGAAUGUUAUUAAAGUAUAUUCAUUCCAUGUUAUAAUUAGCCUAGAAACAUUGUUCUCUUCUUUUAGUGGGUUAUCAGUGUUGUCACUUUGCAAGAAAAGCAGGUAGCCCUUAUAUGUCUCCAGACAA